AUGUGCGGCUUGGAGUCUUUUCCUGUCGUGUGGGGCUGUUGGCUGCUAUCCAACGAGGUCGUGAGUGUGUGUGUGUACAUGUAUGUGUGCCUUGACAGUUGGUUGACAUGGAGCACUGUGAAAUUUGAAGUGAGACGCAGCGACGAGACCAGGGUGUGCGUGUGCAACGCGGUCGAUCACCAGGACAACAACUCAAGUUUGGCGGCAACCAUCAAGAACAGCACCAACCCACCCGCUCUCGCUCAACCAGCCCCCGCCUCCGUAGCCCAAAAGCGAAACACAGCCCCCCAAGGAGCUGCGUGUCCCAUUCUAACCGACGCAUGCAUGCAGGCAAUGAAAAAGGGCGUCGUGACAAACAUAGAAAGUAUUUUACUAUUUUAUGAUAUGAGUGCCUUUCCCUCUCUCUUUUUCUCUCUCUCUCUCUCUCAUUCUCUCUCUCUCUCUCUCUUUUUUUUUCUCUCUUUUGCCAAAUUUUUUCAAUUUUUUUAUCUGAACGACGACAAGGUCCAUCUGAUCUGCUCUCUGACUCACACACACACACACACACACACACACACACACUCUCUCUCUCUCUCUCUCUCUCUCUCUCCUGUGUCUCCUUGUGGCUUGAUCAGUCGCCUCCUGCAGAACAAUCAUCACCAGUCGCGUUCCGACUUCAGACCUCAGCCCUCAGCCCUAUGCAAGCUGGCUGCCAAGCGUCAUGGAUCUACAAACAACGCGCCCGUUCUCCUACGUCACGAGUGGCAGUGCGACCGCUUCGAAUCCUCGCGCCAGCGCCAGCGCCAAGCGUCCGUCAACAGCUUGGUCUAUGACUCAGAUGCCGAGGACCGCGACAGCAUCCUCUUGCUCCGCGAUCACUCCCAGCCUGCCACCCGGCCUCGUUGGUGGCAGCGUUUGAUCAAGGAUGUCCUUCAGCAGCUCUCAAAGCUUGUAGGGGAUGACUGGCUGGUCCUCAGCCUAUUGGGCGUCUCCAUCGCUCUGAUUGGCUUUUGCCUCGACUUUGCCAUCUCUGCACUCCACCACCUCCGCGAUUUGGCAACCUCUGGGAUCCAUCCCUCGUACAUGUUUGUGGCCUGGAGUGCCUUUACCGUCACCUGCGUUAUUAUGGCUACCGCAACCACCCACUGGCUUUCAGCCGAUGCCAUUGGAUCUGGUAUUCCUCAAAUGAAGACCAUUUUGCAAGGCACUCCCAUCGAGGGCUAUCUCUCCGGCCGUACCCUCGCUGCCAAAAUCGUUGGCCUCAUCUUUGCCGAGGGCUCUGGCCUGCCCGUGGGUAAAGAGGGUCCAUUCGUGCAUAUGGCCAGUAUCGUCCAGGAGCAAUUGGUCAAACGCCUCUUUCCCAGCAUCUACAAAGUAGAUGCCCGACGCGUCGACCUUCUUGCCGCUGCGUGCGCGGUCGGCGUGGCCAGCAAUUUCGGUGCGCCAAUCGGCGGUGUCUUGUUCAGCAUCGAGGUCACGUCCACUUACUUUGCCGUCCGCAAUUAUUGGCGCGGCUUUUACGCCAGCGUUGUCGGCGCCUUUGUGUUUCGCUUGCUGGCCGUCGUCAUGUCGAGUGAACGUACCAUUACCGCACUCUUCACUACAGAAGUUCUCACUGCAUAUGAAUGUGCCCCGUCGCAGUUUGAUGCAUACCCCUUUGACUUGCAAGAAAUGGUGGCUUUCGUAUUUCUCGGAAUUGCCUGCGGUAUCCUGGGCUCGCUUUUUAUCGUUGCUCACCGCAAGCUCAUUGAGAAAGAACGUGACGUCACAAGUCGCACUAUUGGUCCUUUUAUGAGCUUGGUCCAGACCAAGGAGAUUGACCACCUAUUUACCAUCGAGCCCCUGCGCUGUUUGCCGGAUGGAAUGCAGGCUCACCACGCUGCCAAUUGGUGCGCCUCUGCUCCCGGACCCGUCAACGUUUUGCAGGAGUGGCAAGGCAUGGAUGUCCUUGGCAGCCUGGUGCUCUUCAUCUUUGUCAAGUUUGUGCUCUCAAUUCUCGCCACCACGUUGCCCAUUCCCGCGGGUGUCUUUGUUCCCAUCUUCGUGAUCGGGGCGGCCGUGGGCCGCCUUUUUGGCGAAUCGAUGACCAUCAUCUUUCCCGGCGGCCUCAUGGGCGACCACGUUGAUUCGGAGCCGUACUUUGUUGUGCACAACGAGACCAUCAACUCGUGUGGCUGGGCCACUGAUGAUCACAUUGUUCCCGGCGGUUAUGCGGUUGUUGGGGCAGCAGCAUUGGCCGGCGCGGUGACGCACACCAUCUCCACCUCGGUGAUUGUGUUUGAGCUGACGGGACAGAUCCACCACAUUUUACCUGUCAUGGUUGCCGUCUUGAUUAGCAAUGCCGUUGCCCAGAUGCUGACGCCAUCCAUAUACGAUUCGAUUAUUCAGCUGCGUGGUCUUCCUUAUUUGCCCGACCUUCGCCGUGGGCCAGGCUAUAACCAGACGGCCCAAAGCAUUAUGCGCCGGCAGCCAACGGCCAUUUCGCUACAUUGCACGUACGGCAAAAUCAAUCGGCUGUUGCGAGCAAACAAGGACAUGAAGCAAUUUCCCUUGGUGGACGACCUUGAAUCGCACAUGCUGCUGGGCAGCGUGCAUCGCAACGUCUUGAAGAAUCUGCUGAUUGAACAAAUGACCGCCGUUGGCCCACAAGUCACUGUGAAUCAAGAGGCACGCAAGCUCCUUUUGCAACGGACGGUGGACUUGACGGGUGUGCCGAUUGACGCAUCGCCGUUCCAAAUCGUGGCCCAAACAUCACUGUACAAGGUUCAUGUGCUCUUCUCAACACUAAGUGCCAACGUGGCCUAUGUGACCGAAAUGGGCCGACUUGUGGGCACCAUCGGCAUGACAGAGCUGCGAGCGGCAAUCUUGUCGCAAAACCGGCGGCGGUUCGAGGCCAAUACCACGCACCGCUUGCACCCACACGAAAUGGUGCAGUUUGUCUCUGGUGGCCGGACAGCGGCACCAGACGACGAGCUUGGCUUGCCGUCCGACCCGCCCUCCCGGCUUGCCAGUACUACUGCCGAAGAGGCUGUCUAA